CUGUUUGUGUAUAUCAAAAUUCGUUAUUGAUUUCCUUCUUAUUUAAACAAUAAACAUUUAAGCUGUACCCUGUUUAUUACUUGAAUGUAGUGCCAUAAGAUUGAAAGAGAGUUAUGGUUAAGUUUAUAUGUAUGAAAAAGUCACCGUAAAGGAAUUUUUGAAGCUAUGAGAUAAGGGAGUUAUGAGUCAGCCAUUCAGUUGUGUCACGAUUGAGCAUCAUAUAUAUUUGACAACCAUUUGAAAUAAAAAAUUGUGUAAUUUUGGAUUUGAAAGAUUGUUUGAAACGAAACAUUUGGUGACAAAAUACAAUUUAUUAACUUACCAGAAAAAUGUCUAAUGUUAAUAACUUGGAACAACAAAUUGCAAAUUUGCAAAUUAAUCAUGGGGAUAAUGUGAAAACUAUUAAAUCUGGGAAGAAAGUAGGACCUGCUGUACCUCCAAAACCAAAAAAAUCACAGCCACAGAUACCACAAAGUUAUACCAUAAAGGCUGCAUCUGUGCCAUCAUAUAGUACAGUACUUAACAAUUCUGGCCAAAAUGAAAAGUCAUCAAAUUUGUAUGUGAAUUCUUCUCAAUCAUAUGUGCCAUUAAAUAUAGAGAAAAAUGAUUUUUCUCUAUCAUCCACUGCAAAUGGAAAAGAUGUUCCUAAAAGCUAUCAGAAUAAUGAAAACUUCUAUGUGCAUCAAUCAGAUGAAAAAUUUGAGCCAAAGUAUGGAUAUGAUGAAAAGAAUCACUAUUCAAAUGUUGGGAAUAUGCCUGCUCCUCAAGUUCCAGUCGAAGAUCAUUCAAGAUCAACAAGAAACAUUGUAUAUAGUAACAUAGAUCCUCCAAUAGUUAUACCAAUUAAUAAAACAACUAAAACUGAAAAAGACAUAAUCUAUAGUAAUAUCCAAUGGAAUUCUAAACCAGAAAAUACAUAUUGUAAUAUUCCUACUGCACACAAUAAUGAUGACUUACCACCACCACCAGAACCUUCAGAAUAUGUUCCAUGUGUACCAGGUAGUUCUUUUCCACCACCACCAGAAGAAUUACCACCUCCACCAAGUCCUGUAUCAUCCAGUUAUAGUGAAUUAAGACGUGCUACUUAUCAAACUGAUUUUCCAUCUGAUAAUUAUCCAAAUGACAUUUAUGGUCCUAGUUCACAAUCCAGUUCUACAUAUGAAUCUAUAUAUGAACCAAUUAAUCCUAGACCACCGUCACAAUUAUCUUGCAAUUAUUCCAUGUAUUCUGGAUAUGGAUCUGCUACAUCCACCCAGCCCCAAGGAAAAGUAUCUCCAGUUAAGGAAGUGGAUGUUUUGACUGAUUUAUUAGUUCAAGGAAUGGAAGAUAAUACCGAAGACAGUGAUAUAUAUGGAAUUUGUGCUCAAUGUGGUCGUAAAGUUGAAGGUGAAGGUACUGGUUGCUCCGCGAUGGAUAAGGUGUUCCAUAUUGACUGCUUUUGUUGUUAUAUUUGUAAAGUCAAUCUACAGGGUAAACCUUUCUAUUCGCUGGAGAAUAAACCCUACUGUGAAGAAGAUUACUUGAACACUUUAGAAAAGUGCUGUGUUUGCACUAGACCAAUACUUGAUAGAAUAUUAAGAGCCACAGGAAAACCUUAUCAUCCAUCCUGUUUUACUUGUGUAGUUUGUGGACAAAGUCUGGAUGGUAUACCAUUUACAGUAGAUGCUACAAAUCAGAUUCAUUGUAUUCAAUGUUUCCAUAAGAAAUUUGCACCUCGUUGCUGCGUUUGUAAGUUACCAAUUAUGCCAGAACCAGGACAAGUUGGAACAGUACGCGUUGUAGCACUAGAUCGUAGUUUCCAUAUUCAGUGCUACAAAUGCGAAGAUUGUGGAUUGGUUUUGUCUUCUGAUUCUGAAGGUCGUGGCUGCUAUCCUUUAGAUGAUCAUGUAUUAUGCAAAAGUUGUAAUGCUACUCGAGUUCAAGCAUUAACAUCACAUAUGACAACUGAAUUAUAAAUGACAUAAACAUAAUAACUGAAGCAAGAUACUAGAUCAUUAUAUUUAUAAUUACAAAUUUUACAAAUUUUUAAUAUCUUAGAAAUAAGUAUCUGUAAGA